AUGGCAUGUUUGAUAAGGACUGUUUUCCCUAAGAAAGUUGAUGAUUCAAAUGGACUACAUGCGAAUAAUGUCAAUGCUGACAUACCCUUGGAGGAAAUCCCGAUGGAAGAGUCGGUAAGACAAAUUUUAACCGAUGAACAAAUAUAUGACGAUGAAUGGUCAGUAAGCAGAAACAAUUCCUAUUUUAUUGUCCAAUUUUCUGUAUCUGAUUCAAAUAAAAUGGAACGUAUCUUAGACAGACUGGCAUACUUUAACAUUGGAAAGACCAUUGACUCAUCAAUCAUGGUCAUUGAACCUAUGAUUAAUGUACAAAAACGAAAUAAGUAA